AUGCGGUGCGCUCCAGAAGACGCCAAGAACGCGGCUGCACGCACGCGUGCACCCAAAGAGAGUACUUCUAAAUCCUCAGCAGAAUGUUGUCGUUCGACUUCUGUUUUAAUUGAGCAACAAGCAGUGCUUGUUGCGAAUAGUCCAUGUGAUGCGUCACCACGCGCGACAAUUAUAUCCGUUGCGUCUACAGCGGGUGCUGCAACUCGCAGUGUGGGAGAUCCUGGAGUGGAGCUCAUCUACCCCGGCAAGUCGGAUGAUGCAUAUGACUCGAAGGCGGCGACUCCAGCCUACGGAUCACUCGGGGCGAACACUGCCAGAGCUAGGUUGACUUGCUCUGGGAAACAUGGGGCUAUCAUGUCCGAGAUCUUCAGACUGAGAGAUUCGUCGGAAGAGUCCUUGUAUCACGCAAGUCCAUCCGACACUAGGACGCGUGGUGAUGGUGGUGACGCAUAG